UCUGUAAAUAAUUCAGGGCGGAGGAGGAGUGUGUGCCAUCAGCACCACCGUCCUGAGCUACAGUGUGUGUGUGUGUGUGUGUGUGUGUGUGUGUGUGCUGUGGCAGAGGUCGUGAACUCUGUGCCCGGAUGCUAAUAGAAGAGGAACAAGAAGAACUGGCACUGCCUGCUUGAACGACGUUGAUCUGGCCGUGGAGAGACAGCGGCGUCCCUGGGAGACCUGGAGCGCCGUCCUCCCGCUCGGCACCGAAACUCUCUGUGGAAGCGAAGAACCGAAGCGAGUCUGUGGAGUUCCUCAUUUUUUUCAGCUGCGUGGGAAGCUUUCCGAGCAGGAGAUCACAUCUGUGCUGCACAGCUGACAGCAGACCGGCCGUGCUGGAAUGUGCAGCACUGGGUUGGGCUCGCCGGAGCGCUGCAGCAUGGCGUCCGGCGGGAUGUGGGCGUCGGACGACGAGGGCCGAGCUGCAGCAGACUAUGAGGAAGACAGCAGCUUCUCCUCUGAGGAUGAGGAGGACAUCCAGAGCCGCUUCCUGGAGAAGCAGAGGGACGAGGCCAAUCAGAAGCUGGCGGAGCUGGAGGAAGUUUCCAGCCAGCUGCUGAAGGAGAUGAGCGUCCUGGAGCUGCAGUUCCAGAUCGAGCGCUCCUGCAGAGAGAGCGCCGAGGCCCUGGCCCUAGAAGUGACCAAGGAGAACAAAGACCUGAAGAGGAGGAGCCGCAUGCUGAUGCCGUGCAUUUCUGAGCUGCCUGAAAACCUGCAGGCCUUGACCUUCGACCCCGAGGCUGACCUGGUGGCCGACGGGGACGUGGUCGACCACGGCGGCGGCGGUGGUGGCGGCGGUGACGAGCUGCUGUUCCAGCAUCAGGCCAAGAUCUCGGAGCUGCAGGUGUCGGUGGACGGUCUGCUGGCGGAGAAGCUGCAGCUGCAGCAACAGGUGGAGGAUCUGAGCAGAGAGCAGCUCCAGCUCCGGGAGCAGCUCACUCUGGAGGUGGAGGAGAAAGAGAGCAUGCUGAGGACGAUGAGCAAACAGACGAGGACGGUCAACAAGCUGAAACGGGUUUCUCAGCUUGUCACGGAGGAGUUCACAGAGAUGUCUCAGAAGCUGGAGCUGGAGCAGGGCCUCCGGCAGCACGCCGAAGUCUUCGCCCACCAGAUGCUGGAGGAGCAGAAAGCGGCCCAGCGAUGGGGCGAGCCGGCGGCGGCGGCUCGGGGCGAGGAGGCCGACAUGCAGCUGCAGCUGAAGAACGCUCUGCAGCAAAUAUCCCUCAUCAGCACGGCGCUGUCCGGCGUUCAGCUCUACUACCAGCAGCAGGUCUGCGAUCAGACGAAAGGCAGCGGCUCAGAGGGGGACGGCGGCGGCGGGACGCCGGAGCCGGAUGGCCUCAGGGAGCGGCUGGAGAGGAGCGAGGAGGAGAGGGAGGGCCUGCAGACCCAGCUGUCCGAGGCUCGGGGCGCCGUCCGGCAGCUCCAGGAGGAAGUGAAACAUUUACAAGACGCACUGAACAAAGAGAACAACGCUGGAGAGAAGGUGGAGGAAUCCACUCCUCCUCCUCCCCCUCCCCCUCCCCCUCCUCCCCCUCCUCCUCCUCCUCCUCCUCCUCCUCUUCCUCCUCCAUCCACUGCGCCUGUUAAUAUAGGGGAUUUCCUGAAGAGCAGGAGGAAAGAUGGAGGCAACACAACCGCACAAAACAAGGAAAACUCUCCUCUGUUAGACAUGAAGACCAAAGCAGUGAAUGAGAUGAUGGAGAGAAUAAAGAAAGGAAUCACCCUGAGGCCCACCAGGAGAACCCAGGAUGACGACGGCUCGUGGAAGGACCACAGGAGUGAAAACAGAAAGUCAGCCGUGCUGGAGCUGAAAGGAAUGCUGGACAGCAUGAAGCACCAGCGCCACCGCCGGGCGCCGCCCAGGGGGGCGGGGCCGAACGUCGGGGAGGCCGAGCUGCUGAGCGUGCUGCAGAGGAGGAGGAGGGUGAUGGGGGAGAACCAGGACCGGACCUCCACGGCUCCAACGCAGGACUCUCAGCCCGGGGAGCAGCCGGCCCCGGCCCCGGCCCCGGCCCCGGCGGCGGCGGCGGCGGACGUGUCCUGGGUGGGAGCGGGUGGCGGCGCCCCCGUGCUCCGCAGGCUCAAGCAGAACCGGGAGAAGAGGGACUCUCGCAUCCGAGCGUCGGCGCUGGUGAUGGGCGACAUGUGAGGGCCGCCAGAGGAGCAGCUGCACUUUUUAAUGACGCUGAACCAAAGAGGGUUUGAUCAGACUGUAGGACGUCUGAGUGUUUUGUUUCACUUUGUCUUUAAAUCAUAAGAAGUCAUUCAUAUAAAUCUUACUGUUACUGAGGUUUGUUUUUACUUUUAUAAGAACCUUCAUAAAGUGGAUUGAAGUCCAGUGUCCUAUA